AUGUUGAAAUUCUAUUUUCAUUAUCUCAUCGGACUGUCCUUUAUAUCCUUAAUUGAUGCACAAGGUUUUCUUUCUUUUUCAAAAGAAGAAUUAUGUAAAGCUGAACCUCAUUUAUCAACAUGUCAAUCGUUACGAAAAUCCUCUGGAUCUCGUAGUUUGGGAAGUGUUGGUCUGACACAUGAACGAUUGAAAGAAUUGGCAGAAAAAGAAGAACGAGAAGAAAUUAGUUCAGCAAAAAAAAGUGAAGAUGAUCUCAAUCCUUUUGAUGAUAUUACCACAAGAUCUCCGUAUGAGCCAGAAGUAAAAAGAAAAAAGCAUUUUAGGAACUUAAAUGAGUAUUAUAUGUAUAAACAGCGACAAUAUUAUGCAGAACAGUCUAGUCGUCAACAUUCUUCGUUAUACACAAUUUAUCCAGGGCUUCAUCCCAAAGACAAACACUUCUGCUCAGAUCUGCAAGGAAAUUUUGCUUUCACUUGUCAACCAAGUAAACCUCUGCGUAUUGAUUUGGUUGAAUUUUGCAAAGACUACUCUGCAUUUUGUCAAGUUCCUAAUGUGCAUCAAUUACCAGGUCCUCGAUUGGGAGCACCUCCCGAUGCUAAAGGAAUUGGACAUGUUGGGGUUUCUGGCAAGUUCGGUCUAGGUGUGGGUGCUGUACCUGGUAUGGAAGUAGGUGUUGGUUGGGGAGUAGAUGUUGGUCCUAUUCCGGGCAUGGGAGAAAGUGUUGGUGUUGAUCUCGGAUUUGAUCUUGGGUUGCUUGGAGCUAGUCAACCUGAGCAAUAUCGUCGUGGUAUGGGUACCGGUAAGAAUGGAAAUGGAAUAGUUGGUAUCAAUGGAGGUGUUGGAGUUAAAGCUCCAGGAACGGGUCCAAUAGGAGUCGGAACAGGAUUGGGAGUUGGAUAA